CUUACCGGAAGUGAAUGGACAUACAAUUAAUGAAAAUUGAUAACUAACAACAUGCGGAAAUCGUCGGGCUUAUGCAGUUUCACGUCAUCGUGGACAUGCGAUCAUGAUCCAAGCUUUAUUUCAAGCUAUACCGUCUGCACAGAAAAUAAUCAAUGGAAACCUCAAGACUGUGAUACCUCGAACAAACUUGCUGGCCUGACCCCACUGACAUUUAGACAAGAACCCAGCAGCCAAACUCACUUAGAGAUCAACUGCUCCUGUAUGCCAAACCUUAACUUCACAAUCAUCGGAGUGGAAAUCAUCAGUGAAGCUCGCACAUUCGAGUGUUAUUCGUCCAGGGAUGGGUACCUCAAGAGCUGCAAAGGGAGAGAACUGAAGGGCGAAGAGAGGGCAACUAGUGCAGGGGCAGCUACUCUGUAUGCAGCCUGUGUAAAAUUUGAUGACCCUGUCUCGGAUGUUCAAAUAAAGUUCAUGGGCACACUCUCUCAGUCAGAAGUCAAGUGUUACAGACUGGAAUUUAAGGUUGUGCAGAGCUUAAACAGCAAUGUGUCUAAAAAUAGCGAAGGUCAAGUUGACAUGUUAAAGGUCAGAGGUUUUCUACACAGCAUGGGGGACCACGUGUCACCGCAAGCCCUGCAUCUCAUGCAGUCAGUAGAGCAGUUUCAGUCGACUCAGAUGUCCAGUAUCGGUCAGUUAUCCAGUAUUCUUGGUGCCUCCAAUCCAACCUCCUCUAGUCAAGAUGGCGCCUCAGUAUUGAGCUCCCUCCUCUCCAUGGUAACAGCUAGGUCACUUGACAUGGGUCCAGCCAAUCAGAGCAGAGAUAGCCUUGGAACGGACCAAUCACAAUCAUCAACACAUCCAUCACCUCAAACUCAGAGUUUUAAGGCAUCUCCUCUAGCAGCUAUGCUGCAAAAGGUCAAGGACACACAAGGUGAAGGUCACAGUAGUGGUGACCUUGACAUGUACAGCAUGCUGCAGGGUAUUUGUAGCAAGGUCAGUGCAAUGCGUGUCACUCAGAAUCAAGACUCAACGACUCCAGAAGAACAACAGAACAGAGCUGAUGGAGAUCUGGAGGGAGAUGUUGAUGCACUUAAUUCUGAAGAAAAGGCUGAAAGCAAGAAGCGGGAUAUGACUUCUAACAUGGAACAAACUGUGUCUAGAAUAGUGAGCGAAAGUGAAGACAGACUAAAGAAAUAUGUGGACACCAGACUGGCAGAAUUCGAAACAAGACUGUGUGCACGAUUUGAAGCAAUGCUCAUGAGUUUUACAGCAAAUAUUGCCAACAAAAUGUAGUUUGUGGUAUUCUUGAUAGUAAAACGGAAAUAUGAUAUCAUGCAACAACAGCAAUAUUAAAUGUGUGUGCAAUAUCUUCUUUAUUCUAUCUUCUAUAGCUAAGAUGGCUGCAGACUUGUAGCUAGGAACGUGUCCAUAGGACAAGGAUACCAAAAUAUUCUGUUUUUGUCUGAAAACUCCACGUAUAUCAGAAAAAAACUGAACCAAAUGUGAAAGUGCGCAAAUUUACAGGCCUGUUAAUAUCUUGAAGUGUCUGUCCUAUAGCUGAAAAUGAGUUGCUCGUGAUAAUGAAGUUUAAAUGGACAAAAACUCCAGCUGUGUAGAAAUCGUCCAAAACAAAAUAUGGAGGUGUGUUGCUUCAAGCAACAAGCUUGUUAAUGUUUGUUAAGUUUCAGCCCUAUUGCAACAAUACUGGUACUUUUUUAUGCUCCCCCCAAAUUUAUUUGGGGGGGAGCAUAUAGUCGCCGCUUCGUCUGUCCGUGCGUGUGUGUCCGUCCGUCCGUUCGUGCACAAUUUUUGUCCGGGCUAUUUCUCAGCAACUAAUGACCGGAAUUCAAUGAAACUUUAUGGGAAGCUUCACUACCAAGAGGAGAUGUGCAUAUUAUCAGCGGGUUCUGGUCGGAUGAUUUUUCACAGAGUUAUAGCCCUUUGAAAUUUUCUAUAAAAAAAUUAUUGUCCCCCCAAAUACUGUGCCCUCAAGGCAUUUCCUUUUAUCUGAAUAUAUAGUGCAAUAUUGUGACAAAAAAAAACUUUGGGGAGCAUCACCCGUCUCCGACGGUUUCUUGUUUGGUAAUGUCAAAAUUAGAAUAUUUGUUAAAUAAAAAAAACUUGUUUGUGUACAAAAUAUCGAAAUCAAAAUGUGGAUGUUGGCAAGUUCACAUGCUGGUAAAUGUUUAUUAAUUUCAAGCCCUAUAGUAUUAAUUAUGCAUGACACAAUAUAAUAAAUGGAAUUUUUUGCUAAAGAA